AUGUCCGAUUUGGAGAAGAAAGACACCUUGGACCCUGCUGUUAGGCUUUCCGAUAAGACUGCCGCGGACCUUUCUCAGGACGACAGUAGCAGUGUUUCUAGUUCGCCCCGCAAUUAUCACACGAAGAGAUCAUUGGACUUGAGACAUGUUAAUCUUAUCGCCAUUGGUGGUUCCAUUGGAACUGGUUUAUUUAUCACCAUUGGUUCUUCUGGUUUGACUUCGGCUGGUCCCCUUGGCCUUUUACUUUCCUACUUAUUUUGGACCACGGUUAUUUUGCUGUUAACGGUUUCCGUCGGUGAGAUGGUGUGUUAUUUACCGAUCGACUCGCCAUUUCUAAGCAUGGCUGGUCGAGUAGUUGACCCGGCUUUUGAGUGUGCAGCAUCUAUUAAUUUCUGGUUGAUGCAGAGUUUGUACAUCCCUUUUGAAAUCACCGCAGUCAAUGGUAUGAUUCACUACUGGCGUGACGACUACUCUCCUGCGAUUCCGUUAUGUAUCCAGAUUGUCAUUUACGCUGCGCUCAAUAUUUUUGCCGUCAAGGCUUAUGGUGAGUCUGAAUUUUGGCUUUCCCUCGGAAAAUUGAUUUUGUGCGUGGGCCUCUUAUUCUUCACGCUUAUCACAAUGUGCGGUGGAAAUCCAAAACAUGAUGCUUACGGUUUCCGCAAUUGGAAAGCUUCGGGUGGUCCCAUCGCAGAGCACAUCACUACAGGAGCGACAGGUAGAUUCGAAGGUUUUUUGGCUGGUUUGUUCUCCGCAUGUUUCGUCGUGGUGUCAGCUGAGUAUCUUAGUAUGACAGCUGGUGAGGCCAAGAACCCCAGAAAGAACAUGGCGCGUGCUUUCCGUACCGUUUUGGCCCGGUUAGUUGUAUUUUACAUUGGUGGUGCCCUUUCUGUGGGAAUUUUGAUUGCGUACAACGACCCAGGAUAUUUGGAGAGAACAUCUGACUCCUCCAACGCUGCCGCGUCCCCAUAUGUCGCUGCUAUGAAUAACUUGGGCAUUAGCGUGCUCCCUGAUAUUGUCAAUGCCGUGAUUGUGACCUCCGCAUUCUCUGCUGGAAACUCGUACACAUACUGUUCAUCUAGAGCACUUUAUGCCCUUUCGCUUAAAGGUUUUGCACCUAGGUUCUUCACCCGCUGUACAAGAUCGGGUGUGCCUAUCUACUGUGUUAUUGUGUCCAUUUUGUUUUCAUUAUUGUCAUUGAUGCAGUUGGGUAGCUCGGGAACCAAGGUUUUGAACUACAUGGUCUCCUUGUGUACUGGUUCUCAAAUUCUUAAUUAUGCAUUCAUGGGUAUAACUUACUUGUGUUUCUACAGAGCAUGCAAGGCCCAAGGGAUUGACAGAGAUGGAUUUACCUUCAAGUCUGCUUUCCAGCCCUACACUGCUAUUAUGGCUACAACGUUCUUAUGGAUCGUUGUAGGUAUUUUGGGCUACACCGUGUUUAUCCCAGGUCACUGGUCUGUGGACACGUUCUUGUACAACUAUGUGAUGUUGUUCGUUUCGAUUGCCGUGUUCCUCGUGUGGAAGGUUUGGAAGAGAACAAAGUUUAUCAGACCUGAGGAUGCUGAUCUUCGUACUGGCCUCGAAGAGAUUGAAGAGCACGAGUACCAGCUUUAUGCUGACAUGGAAGCUGGUGACAAAAAGAGAAACGGCUUUGUUGAAAAAACAUUGGGCUGGCUCCUCUAA